AUGGCAGCCUCUUUACCUACAAUCGUCCUAGUGCAAGGCGCCUGGCAUACCCCUGCCAACUACAAGAGCUACAGCGACGCUUUAGAAGCACAAGGAUUCAAGGUCCUUUGUCCACAGCUUCCUUCAUGCAACAACAAAUCUCCUCCUGUUUCUUCAUUUACAGAAGACAACAUCUGUACAGAAGCAGGCUUUGCCGAACUCUGGCCUCAAUUUAUCCAGAAUUUUGAUGAUGGGUCGACAUUCCCCGUCGAUCCAUCUCUCUUGUUCCUUGGCAGUGUAGAACAGGAUAUUGUUGAUAAAGCACUGUCGAAUCUGGUGAGGUCUCCAAUGUCGGCGUUUGAGGCGAAGUCAAAGGGAGAUGCGUGGAGGAGAGUUCCUGUUACGUAUAUUUUGACGCAGCAGGAUUAUUCAGUGCCAAGACUGUAUCAGGAUCUUAUGCUUGAGAAGGUAAAGAGUGAGGGGGUCGUGAUUAAGACGAAGGAUUAUGAGACUUGUCAUAGUGUUUUUAUUACGAAAGAGAAGGAAAUGGUGGAUGCCGUUGUGGUUGCAGCGAGUGAUAAGAGGAAUCUGAUAUAG